UCUUGAUCUUGAAUUGGGCUGAAUGUGUUUAUACAUUACAAUCGCUAAAGUGAUAAUACUGUAUCAUGGAUUAUACAUUUGAAAAUACAAUGUCUGGUCCUGAAACUGUACGAACGAAUAUUUGCAGGAUUUGUUUAAGAAAAGUGGCGAAAACGACAUAUUUGUAUUCAAAAGAUAUUUUGGAUAGGCUACAUUCAUGUUUUCAACUAACUUUAUCUUACAAAAAAUAUUUACCUUCAGUAAUUUGUGAUGACUGUAUACAAGAGUUGAAUAUUGCUUAUAAUUUUCGUCAAAAAUGUGUUACUAUUGAAGAGCGCUAUUCUAUCCUGUUACAAAUAACUGAUAAUAAUUUAGACAAUGAUACUGUCGAAUCUGUAGAUAUCAAGGAAGAUAUCUCUGAAAAAGUAGAGUUUGAAAACAGUAAUGAAAACAAAGUGCUAGAAAAAGCUGAGUUAUUUGAAACUAAUAAUGGUGAUAAAGUUAGUUUUCUAUGUACACUCUGUAAUAAGACACUCAAAAGCGAAGCAUCAUUGGUCAAGCAUAAUGUGUCUAUGCAUCAGAAGAGAAACCACUUGGGUAAAGUGACUGGUUUCGGACCUGAACGUCGCUAUCAUUGUACCAAGUGUUCCUAUUGCACCCCUCACAGCCAGACCUUAGUGAAUCAUAUGAGAAGACACAAUGGGGACCGUCCUUAUUGUUGUCCCUGUGGCAAAACCUUCACACAAGUGUCAAGCUUGAAUGCACAUAGAAAGACACAUAGUAAUACAACAUAUUUCACUUGUACUGUGUGCGGUAAACAAUUUAAACAUGCCUUUACACUAAAGAAGCACCUCAAUGUGCACGGGGCUGGAAAGUUUGUAUGUGAUAUUUGUAAUAAGCCAUUAAAGUCCAGACAGUCUCUACAGGAUCACAUGUAUCGUCAUUAUAAUAUUCGCAAUUACAAUUGUGAGGACUGUGGAGAUAUAUUUGUUACACAUUCCGAACUGCUGAACCACAAAAAGAAGCAUGGUAUCAUAAAGAAAGUAGAGUGCCACCUCUGUGGAUAUAAAACACACACAAAGAAGAUAUUAAUCAUUCACUUAAAAAGACAUACUGGAGAUAAAUCUUUUAAAUGUAGUCAGUGCCAAGUUUCCUUCUGUACUAAUGGCGACCUGACGCGCCAUGGACGCGUGCACACUCGGGAUAAGCCAUAUUCUUGUCCAACCUGCGCUCAAAAAUUUGCACAUAGCACAAGUCUCAACAAACAUAUGAAUACUGUACAUGGCAUCAAGUUCAGGUGGGCAGAUAUCAAAGGAAAACAGUCACUAAAUGAAAAAAAUCACUUAAGUUUCCUUAUGAGUGGGGAAUAAAAUUUAUUAAU